CGCGUUUUAUUCCUGUGUUCUCUGCUAAACGUAUCUUAUACGACUGGGACUGGACGAGCUUGCCGAGAUGAGCGACGAAUACGCUAGCACGGGGUACAAGGGUUCUUUGGUUAACAAUUCUGAGGAUCCACGAGAGAAGUACCCACAAUCGGUGGAACGCGGCACGGGAAACUAUCCUUCGAGCUCCGCAGAUGACUCAACAUCCGAAGGCGGCUACGGCUCCGCGCGCGACCCCUACUCCCCCGCCGCGCAGCGCGGCCACCCCGAGAAAGCGCCCUCCUUCGGGCUCGUAAACCAGUCCGUUCCCGGCGGGCCAACGAAUCAAGCACAGGACGCACAGCAGGGGACGGAUAGGGGUAGUCGGAGGGAGUACGAGGGAGAGCACGGUGGCCAAGGGUUGGAUCCGUACGGCGCGAGCAGUUUGGAUAGUCGGAGGGAGGCCGAGGAGGCGUUGGCGGGGAAGUAUAGGGGUGCGAGGGAUGUGAAGGAGUAUGAGAGCGGCGCGACGUUGGAGAAUGAUCAGGGAGCAUAAGAACCUGGAAGGUUAGAAGAACGAGAAGUCUCAAGCGUUC